UUCCAAUCUUCUUCUUGCCUCUCGUUUCUCUCUGUUUUAUUUUGCUCUCAUCUUCCCAUUCCGAUCCAUCUCCAUUUUAUACACCAAAAAAGGAAAAGGAUGGUAUCAGAGUAUUAUACAUUUGGGCCUCACAAGAUUCACAGAAAGUUAAUAUUCUACACCACCAAUCUUUCAUAUGCAAUGGUCAAUCUUCGUCCUGUUGUUCCUGAUGUGUUAGCGAUCCCGAAGCGGGAGGUGAAGCGCUUUGUGGAUCUGAGUCGUGAUGAGAUCUGCGACCUAUGGCUCACAACGCAACUAAUUGGUGGUAAAUUGGAGUUAUUCCAUAAUGCUUCCUCUCUAACCUUGAAUAUUCAAGAUGGGCCCGAAGCGGGACAAACUGUACCACAUGUUCACAUUCAUGUUAUCCCUAGAAAAGCCCAAGACUUCGAGAGAAAUUAUGAGAUCUACAAUGCAGUAAAAUUCUUUAUGGACGAAAAUGAUAGAGUAAUGAAGCAACACAUUGAUUUGGAUGAGAAGAGGAAGGACAGAAGCUUCGAGGAGAUGGCACAAGAAGCUGAUCAAUACACAAGGCUUUUCUUCUAGUCUUGUUUAUGCUUUAGGUGUGGUUUUCUUCUAAGAUACAUCGAAUUCAUUUUUAAAUUGCAUUACUCUAUUUUAUUCAAAUGCCCAUUUCCUUUUAAGAUUUGUUUAUGAUGUAUCUAGAGUCAAACUUUGUCUAAUGGACA